UUCGAAAUGGAACGCUCAGAAGCAUGGAGCCCGGGUGCCCUGAGCUGCUGGAGCCCCCUGAAGAUAUCUUCUCAACAGGAUCCUUCCUGGAGCUGGGACUCAACUGUCCUCCGUCAAAGGGCCUUCAGAAGAGCGAACCUGACGAUUUCCUGAACCUCCUCAUUGAUCCCAAUAUGGUAUACUGCUCAGAAACAUCUCCUGGUAGUGACAGUUGUGUCUCUGAAGAGCCUAGCUCCCCUGUCCCACAGGCUCCUGGUUCCCCUGCCCUCUAUGAGGUUGUCUAUGAGGCAGGGGCCUUGCAGAGCACUCAACGGGAAGCAGGGCCAACCUUCGGACUCAUCUCCAUCCAGAUAGAUCAGUGGAGCCCUGCAUUUAUGGUGCCUGAUGCCUGCACAGUCAGUGGGCUGCCCUCAGAUGGGCACAGACAUAUCCUGCCUAGAGCCAGCACCAUAGCUCCAUCACCUCCUGCUGCCCUGCGGUCCUGCCCACGUCUGUUCCUGACAGAUGAAGAGAAGCAUUUGCUGGGGCAAGAAGGGGUUUCUCUGCCCUCUCACCUGCCCCUCACUAAGGCAGAGGAGCGAGUACUAAAGAAGAUCAGGAGGAAAAUCCGCAACAAGCAGUCAGCUCAGGACAGCCGGCGGCGGAAGAAAGAGUACAUAGAUGGACUGGAGAGCAGGCAUGUUUGGGCUCACCUUUCUGCAUCCCGUGGGUGGUGUCUGGGCCCGUUCGUUCCUCACCUAGACAAGCAUGUUAAGGGACCACCUGCCAAGCCUGCUCUGCUUCUCCACUCCCUAGAGUGGCAGCCUGUUCUGCACAGAAUCAGGAACUACAGAGAAAAGUCCAGGAGCUGGAGAGGCAGAACACGUGAGUGGAAGCAGUGUCCGGACGGAGGAGAGGGAGGAUGCAGCCACAGGCAAGCUGAUCUUAGGCUAACUCUUUGUUCUUCUCCUAGCUCCUUGGUGGCGCAGGUCCACCAGUUACAGAUGCUCACUGCUCAGACCUCCAGCAGAGCUGCCCAGACCAGUACCUGUGUUCUGAUUCUUCUCUUUUCGCUGGCUCUCAUCAUCCUGCCCAGCUUCAGCCCCUUUCAGGGUCAACCAGAAGCUAGGCCUAAGGGUUAUCAGCCUCAUGGAGGUAAGAGACAAGGGCACAGAAGCUCCCUGAUGAGCCGGAAAACUCUAUUCUCUAAAACAAUCAACACUAGGGAUGGUCUUGGUCAUUCUCGGACCCAAGCAAAUGCUGUCCCACUACACUCUCUCCUCAGUGAUUUCCAGAAAUAUCUUGACUCACAAGGACAUGACAGAAAGCCCAGAGAUUCCAGUGGUAAAGGCCAAACUGGAGGAGCUACGUGAAGUCCCAACUGCAAACGGCUCAGCAAAGACGAAGUUAAAGCUGGGGAUGAAGGCUAGACCCACUGGGCACAUCAGGGGAAUGCUGCACGCAGAUGAGAUGUAAGCUGAACACUUCCCAAUCACACAAGAACCCACACAGGCUUCCUCACUGUUUCAUCUGGAAUUCCCAUUUAGGUGUCCAUACCCCUGGAGUUCUAACUCACUCAGGAUACCCUAGGAGCUUUCUGUCCACCAAGGCCACGUUUGCUUUUAUGGCAGGGCACCUCAUAUAUUUCUGCCCUCUAUUUGUGAUUUUACUUCUUUGAGGAUGGGGUCAAGGGGAAGCAAGUUUUGACUCAGAAAUAAACUUUCUAGCUAAAAUUCUA